CACGGCUGCGGGGCAGCCUGACUGAGGCGGGGACGAUGGCGCCUGCGGCGGGGCAGCCCCUCCCCUGCCUUGCCGCGCAGUGCCGGGAACCUGAGGCGCCCUCCGGGCCGAUCCGCCCGCGGUGAGGGGCGCCGGCCUCGGUCGGUGUUUCCGGCCCCCGCGGGGAAGCGCCGAGAGCCGCGUUAGGCGGGGCUCUGCCCGGCCCUCCGGCGCCCUGCCUGCCGCGGCCCCGCGGGGUGCCCGGCGGGUGCUGCGGGUGGGCGAAAGUCACUUCUGGGGGGUCGCUCCCCGAGUCGGCUCCCCACGCGGUCCCCCGGGCGAGGUCUUGUGUCUGACACCUCGGGGAAAGCUGUCUUCCCUUCGUGGGGCCGGUAAAGAGAUGAGCGGCUUCGAAGAGCCAGUAUGGAGGAGCUCCAGGAGGACCAGCAUUCCCUGGAGAAGCUCAGGAUCCAUUAUAUGGUUAUUUUGCUGCAGUAGCAGGGCAGCUUUCAACUUAGAGACUUGCAGACUCAUGAUCUCAAUGCUGGAUAGGGAUAUGUCUGGCACACUGGGAUUUCAUGAGUUUAAAGAAAUCUGGGCUGUGGUCAAUGGCUGGAAGCAACACUUUAUAAGUUUUGACAACGAUAGAAGUGGUACAGUGGAUCGUCAAGAACUGGAGAAGGCCUUGGUGAACAUGGGAUUUAGGCUGAGCCCACAGGCAGUGACUGCAAUCACAAGGCGAUACAGCACUCAUGGAAAGAUUACAUUUGACGAUUACAUUGCCUGCUGUGUGAAACUCAGAGCUCUCACUGAGUGUUUUAGAAGAAGGGAUACAACUCAGCAGGGUUUUGUGAACUUCCAGUAUGAUGAUUUCAUACAGUGUGUUAUGAGCAUCUAAAUCAAAAGGAAGCAGGUCGUGGAUGAUCACGAUUAACAUUCCAGUUUGGGUUUCGCUUUGCCAAAUCUUCCAUUGAUCAUGCAUCUUAAUAUUGGAGAUUGCGUAUUUUAUGAAGGUUUUAGUUUUGACAAUGAAUAUAAACUACUCAUGUACUGAUGUCUUCAGCUUCCAACCUGGGCCUAUUAAAGAUGAUUUUGUUUUCAUAAACAUGCAAUUCACUAUGUAUAACUCAAAUUAUGCGGAUAGUAAAUUUUUCUGUAAUGAUUACUUUUUUCCUGUGACUCACUAAAGCCAGUUCCUGGAGUUCAGCUUACCUUUUUCUGUCUUAAAUAAUAUCAUGUGUAUGACCAUAAGAUGAUACAUACUCUUUUGUCUUUGACAGCAUACAGCAGACGUACAAACUGAAAGAGCUUUUGGAAUGGUCAUUUUACACUGGUGUGUUAGAACACCAGUAAGUUUAAGUUGCUUAUUUUGACAGCUAGUGAUUUGCAAGAUGAAGUCUGUGACACCAUGCACUGAGUGUAAAACUACCUGUUAGAACUUCUCAUAAGCAGGGAUGUGACAAAACGUGGCAGAGAACUCUUCUAGCAGUGUGCUCUUGUAUAGGGGGCUUUUGUUCCAGUAAGAUUCUUGCUGUUUGUGUCAUUAUAUAAAACAUUUUUAAACAUACAAAAA